AUGGCGACCCUGGAGAAGCUGAUGAAGGCCUUCGAAUCCCUCAAGUCCUUCCAGCAGCAACAGCAGCAGCAGCCGCCGCCGCCGCCUCCGCCGCCGCCACAGGCUCAGCCGCCCCCGCCGCAGCCGCAGCCGCAGCCGCAGCCGCCGCCCCCGCCACCCCCGCCGCCGCCGCCCGGCCCGGCCGUGGCCGAGGAGCCGCUGCACCGUCCAAAGAAGGAGCUCGCGGCCACCAAGAAGGACCGGGUGAGCCACUGCCUGACCAUCUGCGAGAACAUCGUGGCGCAGUCGCUCAGAAAUUCUCCAGAAUUCCAGAAACUGCUGGGCAUCGCCAUGGAACUGUUCCUGCUGUGCAGUGACGACGCGGAGUCGGACGUGAGGAUGGUGGCUGACGAGUGCCUCAACAAGGUCAUCAAGGCGCUGAUGGACUCGAACCUCCCGAGGCUGCAGCUGGAGCUCUACAAGGAGAUCAAGAAGAACGGCGCUCCCCGGAGCCUGCGCGCUGCGCUGUGGCGGUUCGCUGAGCUGGCGCACCUGGUGCGGCCUCAGAAGUGCAGGCCUUAUUUGGUAAACCUCCUGCCUUGCCUGACUCGGAUAAGCAAGAGACCCGAGGAGUCUGUUCAGGAGACCUUGGCUGCGGCGAUACCCAAAAUCAUGGCUUCGCUUGGCAAUUUUGCAAAUGACAAUGAAAUCAAGGUCCUGCUGAAGGCUUUCAUCGCCAACCUGAAGGCCCCCUCCCCCACCACGCGGCGCACGGCGGCGGGCUGCGUGGUGAGCGUGUGCCAGCACUCGCGGAGGACGCAGUACUUCUACAGCUGGCUGCUCAGCGUGCUCCUGGGGCUGCUGGUUCCCGUCGAGGGCGAGCACCCCUCCCUGCUGGUCCUCGGAGCGCUGCUCACGCUGCGGUACUUGGUGCCCUUGCUGCAGCAGCAGGUCCAGGACUCCAGCCUGAAAGGCAGCUUUGGGGUGACCCGGAAGGAAAUGGAAGUCUCCCCCUCGACAGAGCAGCUGGUGCAGGUGUACGAGCUGACCCUGCACUACGCGCAGCACCCGGACCACAACGUGGUGACCGGGGCGCUGGAGCUCCUGCAGCAGCUGCUCCGGACGCCGCCGCCCGCGCUGCUGCGCGCCCUGACCACGCCGGGCGGCCUGGCGCAGCUCAGCGCGCCCAGCACGGAGCCCGGCGGCCGCAGCCGCAGCGGGAGCAUCGUGGAGCUCAUCGCCGGAGGGGGUUCUUCAUGCAGCCCUGUCCUUUCCAGAAAACAAAGAGGGAAGGUGCUCCUCGGGGAAGCGGCGGCCUUGGAGGAGGACUCCGAGUCCCGGUCCGAGGGCAGCAGCCCGGCCUUCGCAGCCUCAGGCAAGGGCGAGAUCUCUGGGGAGCUGGCUGCCUCCCCCGGGGUCUCCACCCCGGGCUCCGCCAGCUCCACGGCUGACUCCACGGGCCACGACAUCAUCACAGAGCAGCCCCGGGCCCAGCACACGCUCCAGCCGGACUCCGUGGACCUGGCCGGCGGCGACCUGGCCGGCGCCGCCACCGACGGGGACGAGGAGGAUAUCUUAAGCCACAGCUCCAGCCAGGUCAGCGCCGGCCCGUCCGACCCGGCCAUGGACCUGAACGAGGGCACCCAGGCCUCCUCCCCGCUCAGCGACAGCUCGCAGACCACCACCGAGGGGCCCGACUCCGCCGUGACCCCUUCCGACAGCUCCGAAAUCGUGUUAGACGCCGACAGCCAGGACGCGGGGCUGCAGCUCGGGGCACCUCCGGGGGACGAGGGGGCGGCGGCGCCCGGGGGCCUUCCCGAGGACUGCACCGCCUCCACAGCCGCGUCCGCAGCCCGGCAGCAGGCACACUUACUGAGAGGCGUGGGCCACCGCCGCCAGCGCUCGGACGGCAGCGUGGACUGGGCCGGGUCCAGAGAGGACGCUGCCGACCCAGGCGAUCAGGACAAGCCCCGCCGCCUCAGGGGCGACAUCGGCCGGCCCGACGACGGCGACUCCGCGCCCCUCACCCACUGCGUCCGCCUCCUGGCCGCCUCGUUCCUGCUGACGGGGGAGAGGCAUGCGCUGGUCCCGGACAGGGACGUGCGGGUGAGCGUGAAGGCGCUGGCGCUCAGCUGUGUGGGCGCAGCGGUGGCCCUGUACCCGGAGGCCUUCUUCAGCAAGCUGUACCGAGCCCCCCUGGACGCCGCGGAGCACCCCGAGGAGCAGUACGUCUCGGACGUCCUCGGCUACAUCGACCACGGAGACCCGCAGGUGCGCGGCGCCACGGCCAUCCUCUGCGGGGCGCUCGUCUGCUCCAUCCUCGGCAGGUCCCGCUUCCAGGCGGGGGACUGGCUGGGCUCCAUCCGAGCGCUCACAGGAAACACGUUUUCUCUGGUGGACUGCGUUCCUUUGCUGCAGAAAACGCUGAAGGAUGAGUCGUCUGUCACUUGCAAGUUGGCGUGUGCAGCUGUGCGGCACUGCGUCAUGAGCCUCUGCAGCAGCAGCUACAGCGACCUGGGGCUGCAGCUGCUCACCGACGUGCUGAGCCUGAGGAGCAGCUCCUACUGGCUGGUGAGGACGGAGCUGCUGGAGACGCUCGCGGAGACGGACUUCAGGUUGGUGAGCUUCCUGGAAGCAAAGGCAGCACACCUUCACAGAGGGGCUCACCAUUACACCGGGCUGCUGAGGCUGCAGGAGCGGGUGCUCAACAGCGUGGUCCUCGGCUUGCUGGGGGACGAGGACCCCCGAGUGCGGCACGUCGCCGCCGCGUCGCUCGUGAGGCUUGUCCCCAAGCUGUUCUACAAGUGCGACCAGGGGCAGGCGGACCCCGUCGUGGCCGUGGCCAGAGACCAGAGCAGCGUCUACCUGAAGCUCCUCAUGCACGAGGCGCCGCCCGCCUCCCACUCCUCCAUCAGCACCAUAACCAGAAUAUAUAGAGGCUAUAACUUACUGCCGAGCAUCACAGACGUCACCAUGGAGAACAACCUGUCCCGGGUCAUCGCGGCCGUGUCCCACCAGCUGGUCACUGCCACCACCCGCGCGCUCACGUUCGGGUGCUGUGAAGCUCUGUGUCUCCUUUCGACCGCCUUCCCCGUCUGCACCUGGAGCCUCGGUUGGCAUUGUGGGGUGCCCCCGCUAGGCGCCGCGGACGAGUCCAGGAAGAGCUGCACCGUCGGGAUGGCCCCGGCGGUCCUGACGCUGCUCUCGUCGGCGUGGUUCCCGCUGGACCUCGCGGCCCAUCAGGAUGCCUUGGUCUUGGCCGGGAACUUGCUCGCAGCCAGUGCCCCCCGGGCUCUGAGGAGCUCCUGGGCCACCGAGGACGAGGCCGGCCCGGCCGCCGCCAAGCAAGAGGAGGCGUGGCCCGCGCUGGGGGACCGGAGCCUGGUGCCCAUGGUGGAGCAGCUCUUCUCCCACCUGCUGAAGGUGGUCAACAUCUGCGCCCACGUGCUGGACGAGGUGGCGCCCGGGCCCGCGGGGAAGGCAGCCCUGCCAUCCCUCACCAGCGCCCCUUCUCUCAGCCCCAUUCGGCGGAAGGGCAAGGAGAAGGAGCCGGCCGAGCAGGCGUCCGUGCCGCUGAGCCCCAAGAAAGGCAGCGACGCCAGCCCAGCCUCUCGGCAGGCAGAUGCCACAGGGCCCGUCACGACCAAUAAACCCUCGUCGCUGGGGAGCUUCUACCACCUUCCCUCCUACCUCCGGCUGCACGACGUCCUGAAGGCCACGCACGCCAACUACAAGGUCACCUUGGACCUCCAGAACAGCACGGAGAAGUUCGGGGGCUUUCUGCGCUCGGCCUUGGACGUGCUCUCGCAGAUCCUGGAGCUGGCCACGCUGCAGGACAUCGGGAAGUGUGUGGAGGAGAUCCUGGGCUACCUGAGGUCCUGCUUCAGCCGGGAGCCCACGAUGGCCACGGUCUGUGUCCAGCAGCUGCUGAAGACUCUCUUUGGGACAAACCUGGCCGCCCAGUGCGAUGGCUUGUCCUCCAACCCCAGCAAGUGCCAGGGCCGAGCCCAGCGCCUCGGCUCGUCCAGCCUGAGGCCCGGCCUGUACCACUGCUGCUUCAUGGCUCCCUACACUCACUUCACUCAGGCCCUGGCCGACGCCAGCCUGCGCAACGCCGUGCAGGCCGAGCCGGACCUCGCCGCCUCGGGGUGGUUCGACGUGCUGCAGAAGGUGUCCACCCAGUUGAAGACCAACCUCUCGAGCGUCGCAAAGACCCGUGCAGACAAGAACGCCAUUCAUAGCCACAUCCGGCUGUUCGAGCCUCUGGUCAUCAAGGCGCUGAAGCAGUACACGACCACCACGUCCGUGCAGCUGCAGAGGCAGGUCCUGGACUUGCUGGCACAGCUGGUCCAGCUGCGGGUCAACUACUGCCUUCUGGAUUCAGACCAGGUGUUCAUUGGAUUCGUGCUGAAGCAGUUUGAGUACAUCGAAGUGGGCCAGUUCAGGGACUCGGAGGCGAUCAUUCCCAACAUCUUCUUCUUCCUGGUGCUCCUGUCUUACGAGCGCUACCACUCGAAGCAGAUCAUCGGGAUCCCCAAGAUCAUCCAGCUGUGCGACGGCAUCAUGGCGAGCGGCCGCAAGGCCGUGACCCACGCCAUCCCGGCGCUCCAGCCCAUCGUCCACGACCUCUUCGUCCUGAGAGGGGCCAAUAAGGCUGACGCGGGGAAGGAGCUGGAGACCCAGAAGGAGGUGGUGGUGUCCAUGCUCCUGAGGCUCAUCCAGUACCAUCAGGUGCUGGAGAUGCUGAUCCUGGUCCUGCAGCAGUGCCACAAGGAGAGCGAGGACCGGUGGAAGCGGCUGUCGCGGCAGGUGGCCGACAUCCUGCUCCCGAUGCUCGCCAAGCAGCAGAUGCACAUCGAUUCGCACGAAGCCCUCGGCGUGUUAAACACGCUGUUUGAGAUCCUGGCCCCGUCCUCGCUGCGGCCCGUGGACAUGCUUCUGCGGAGCAUGUUCGUCACCCCGGACACCAUGGCGUCGGUGAGCACCGUCCAGCUCUGGGUCUCGGGAAUCCUGGCCAUCUUGAGGGUCCUCAUCUCCCAGUCGACCGAAGACAUCGUCCUCUCCCGCAUCCAAGAGCUGGCCUUCUCCCCGCACCUGCUCUCCUGUCCCGUCAUCGCGAGGCUCCGGGACGGGGACCGGGACUCGGCACCCGCGGCACACGGUGCGGGCAGGCAGGUGAAGACUUUGCCGGAGGAGACAUUCGCUAGGUUUCUCCUGCAGCUGGUGGGCAUCCUCCUGGAGGACAUCGUCUCCAAGCAGCUCCGGGUGGACAUGAGCGAGCAGCAGCACACCUUCUACUGCCAGGAGCUGGGCACGCUGCUCAUGUGCCUGAUCCACAUCUUCAAGUCUGGAAUGUUCCGGAGAAUCACAACAGCCGCCUCCAGGCUCUUCACGGCCGACGGCGCGGACGGCAGCUUCUACAGCCUGGAGAGCCUGAACGCGCACGUGCGCUCCAUGGUCCCCACCAACCCGGCCCUCGUGCUGCUCUGGUGCCAGAUCCUGCUGCUCGUCAGCCACACGGACUACGGCUGGUGGGCCGAGGUGCAGCAGACCCCCAGGCGGCGCAGCCUGUCCACCACGAAGUCACUGAGUCCCCGGAUGCCUGGAGAGGAGGACUCCCAGCCGGCGUCCCAGCUGGGGAUGUGCAACAGAGAAAUCGUCCGGCGAGGCGCGCUCAUCCUCUUCUGUGAUUACGUUUGCCAGAACCUGCACGACUCCGAGCACCUGACCUGGCUCGUCGUGAACCACAUCCAGGACCUGAUCAGCCUGUCGCAGGAGCCGCCCGUGCAGGACUUCAUCAGCGCCGUGCACCGCAGCGCCGCUGCCAGCGGCCUCUUCCUGCAGGCCAUCCAGUCCCGCUGCGAGGACCUCUCGGCCCCCACCACUCUGAGGAAGACCCUGCAGUGCCUGGAGGGCAUCCACCUGAGCCAGUCGGGGGCCGUGCUGACGCUGUACGUGGACAAGCUGCUGUGCACCCCGUUCCGCGUGCUGGCUCGCAUGGUCGACACCCUCGCGUGUCGCCGCGUGGAGAUGCUUCUGGCUGCAAACUUACAGAGUAGCGUGGCGCAGCUGCCGGUGGAAGAGCUGAUCCGGAUCCAGGAGCACCUUCAGAGCCGUGGGCUCGCACACAGACACCAAAGGCUCUACUCCCUGCUGGACCGGCUGCGCCUUGCCACUGCCCCGGGCUCCCGAGGCCCCUGUCCUCCGGCCACGUCCCACCCGCUUGAUGGGGCGGGGUCCUUGGCGCUCGAGACAGUGAUCCCAGACAAGGACUGGUACAUGCGCCUGGUCAAGUCCCAGUGCUGGACGAGGUCUGACUCGGCGCUGCUGGAAGGGGCGGAGCUGGUGAAUGGGCUCCCACCAGGUGACAUGAGCACGUUCCUGCGGCACCCGGAGUUCAACGUCAGCCUGCUAGCUCCGUGCCUGGGCCUGGGCGUGCAGGAAAUUGCCGGAGGCCGGAAGAGCGCCCUCUUUGAAGCAGCACGCGAGGCGACGCUGGACCGGGUGGCCAGCGCGGUGCAGCCGCUGCCCGCCAUCCACCAGGCGUUCCCGCCCUCCCUGCCCGCGGAGCCCACCUCCUACUGGAGCCAGUUGAACAAUCUGUUUGGGGAUGCCGGGGUGUACGGCUCCCUGACCACGCUGGCCCGCGCCCUGGCCCAGUACCUGCUGCUGUUCCCCAAGCUGCCCGGCCAUCUGCACCUUCCCCCGGAGAAGGAGAGGGACACUGUGAAGUUUGUGGUCAUGACCCUGGAGGCGCUGGCCUGGCACCUGAUCCACGAGCAGAUCCCGCUGAGUGUGGACCUGCAGGCGGGCCUGGACUGCUGCUGCCUGGCCCUGCAGCUGCCCGGCCUGCGGCGCCUGCUGGCCUCCCCCGAGAUGGUGACCCGCGCCUGCUCCCUCAUCCACUGCGUCCGCCUCAUCCUGGAAGCCAUUGUGGUGCAGCCCGGGGACCAGCUUCUCAGCCAGGAAAGGAGGACAGACUCCCGGAAGGCCGCCAGGGCGGACGGCGGGGUCUCACUCACACAGAGCCCCGAGUGCGUCCCAGCGGCCUGCAGGGCGGUGGCCGAGCUGGUGGAGGCCCUGCCGUCUGUGCUGGCCUUGGGGCACGAGCGGAACAGCAGCACGCCCGCCUUCCUCACGCCUGUGCUCCGGAGCAUCGUGGUCAGCCUGGCCCGCCUGCCCCUCGUCAACAGCUACACGCGCAUCCCCCCGCUGGUCUGGAAGCUCGGGUGGUCGCCCACGCCGGGAGGGGGUUUCGGCACAGCCUUCCCCGAGAUCCCCGUGGAGUUCCUCCAGGAGAAAGAAGUCUUCAAAGAGUUCAUCUACCGCAUCAACACGCUGGGGUGGACCAGCCGCACGCAGUUCGAGGAAACGUGGGCCACCCUCCUGGGCGUCCUGGUGACCCAGCCCCUCGUGCUGGAGCAGGAGGAGAGCGCCCCGGAGGAAGACACGGAGAGGACCCAGAUCCACGUCCUGGCCGUGCAGGCCAUCACCUCCCUCGUGCUGAGCGCGAUGACCGUGCCCGUGGCCGGCAACCCCGCCGUGAGCUGCUUGGAGCAGCAGCCCCGGAACAAGCCCCUGAAAGCGCUCGAGACCAGGUUUGGGCGGAAGCUGAGCGUGAUCCGAGGAAUUGUAGAGCAAGAAAUCCAAGCAAUGGUGUCAAAGAGGGAGAACAUCGCCACUCAUCACCUGUACCAGGCGUGGGACCCCGUCCCCUCUCUGUCUCCAGCCGCCACAGGUGCCCUCAUCAGCCACGACAAGCUGCUGCUGCAGACCAACCCUGAGCGGGAGCUGGGCAGCAUGGGCUACCAGCUGGGCCAGGUGUCCAUCCACUCGGUGUGGCUGGGGAGCAGCAUCACGCCCCUGAGGGAGGAGGAGUGGGAUGAGGAGGAGGAGGAGGAGCCCGACGUCCCCGCGCCCUCAUCGCCGCCCACGUCGCCCGUCAGCUCCAGGAAGCACCGGGCCGGCGUGGACAUCCACUCCUGCUCCCAGUUCCUGCUGGAGCUGUACAGCCGCUGGCUCCUGCCGUCCAGUUCCGGCCGGAGGACCCCCGUCAUACUCAUCAGCGAAGUGGUGCGAUCUCUCCUCGUGGUGUCCGACCUGUUCACGGAGCGCAGCCAGUUUGAGAUGAUGUACCAGACGCUGACCGAGCUGCGCAGGGCGCACCCUCCGGAGGACGAGAUCCUGCUGCAGUACCUGGUGCCCGCCACCUGCAAGGCGGCCGCCGUCCUCGGCAUGGACAAGGCCGUGGCGGAGCCGGUGAGCCGGCUGCUGGAGAGCACGCUCAGGAGCAGCCACCUGCCCAGCAGGAUUGGGGCCCUGCACGGCGCCCUCUAUGUGCUGGAGUGCGACCUGCUGGACGACACGGCCAAGCAGCUCAUCCCCGUCAUCAGCGACUACCUCCUCUCCAACCUCCGCGGCAGCGCCCACUGCGUGAACCUGCACAGCCAGCAGCACGUGCUGGUGAUGUGUGCCACUGCCUUCUACCUGGUCGAGAACUACCCUCUGGACGUGGGCCCCGACUUCUCCGCGUCCAUCAUACAGAUGUGCGGGGUGAUGCUGUCGGGAAGCGAGGAGGCCACGCCGUCCACCGUGUACCACUGCGUCCUGCGCGGCCUGGAGCGCCUCCUGCUGUCCGAGCAGCUGUCGCGGCUGGACGCCGAGUCCCUGGUCAAGCUCAGCGUGGACAGGGUGAACGUGCACAGCCCGCACCGGGCCAUGGCGGCCCUGGGCCUGAUGCUCACCUGCAUGUACACAGGGAAGGAGAAAGCCAGUCCCGGCAGAACCUCCGAGCCCGGCCCUGCCGCACCCGACAGCGAGUCUGUGAUCGUGGCCAUGGAGCGCGUGUCAGUUCUCUUCGACAGGAUCAGGAAGGGGUUUCCCUGUGAAGCCCGCGUGGUGGCCCGGAUCCUCCCUCAGUUUUUAGACGACUUCUUUCCUCCGCAAGACGUCAUGAACAAAGUCAUCGGGGAGUUCCUGUCCAACCAGCAGCCCUACCCGCAGUUCAUGGCCACCGUGGUGUACAAGGUGUUCCAGACCCUGCACAGCACGGGGCAGUCAUCCAUGGUCCGGGCCUGGGUCAUGCUGUCCCUCUCCAACUUCACGCAGAGGACUCCCGUGGCCAUGGCCGUGUGGAGCCUGUCCUGCUUCUUCGUCAGCGCGUCCACCAGCCCGUGGGUCUCGGCCAUCCUGCCCCACGUCAUCAGCAGGAUGGGCAAGCUGGAGCAUGUGGACGUGAGCCUCUUCUGCCUGGUGGCCGCCGACUUCUACCGACACCAGGUGGAGGAGGAGCUGGACCGCCGGGCCUUCCAGUCCGUGUUCGAGGUGGUGGCAGCGCCGGGAAACCCCUACCAGCGGCUGCUGGCUUGUUUGCGGAACGUUCACAAGCUCACCGCGAGCUGA